AUGGAACAUCCAUUUUUCAAAAUUCAAGAAUUUACCAUUUACAUUGAUGGUCAGCCUGCAUAUCGAUCUCCUUGGUCAACUGCAACUCAGCACUACAUCAACUUUAUGAAACACAAUGGACGAUGGGAGAAUGCAGCUACAGCUAGCGGACUCGACUAUUUUGUCUUUAAAGGGCAAAAUUGGUUGGUGCCGCUCAUUUUCGACAAUGAUGGUGAAGGUCAAACUGCGCUCGUUACUGCAAAAAUCAAAUUUGCCGAUACGCUUGUGCAACAAUGGGAUGCAAUGAUUAUGAGGCUGCCAGUGCGAGAGCUGUUUUUGGACGCCAAAGCUCGAGGCGAGAGAUUUCGUUCAAGAACAUCCGAUGAUUCCUCUGAUUCCGAUGAUGAUGAUGGAGGCUGCAAGACCAACUUUUACCACGCAGUCAAGCUGGGAAUAAAUUGGCACCGUCUGUCUGGAGGUAAGCAGCCAAAAACAAUUUCGCGCGCCUUGUGGGAUAAAAUUGUGGAUGUCAAUGUUGAUGAUUUGGUUGCCGAGUUUGGCACUCCAAAACGCAGCGAUUUUCCUCGUAUUGAAGAGCGACUCGGAAUUGAUCUCUACAUUUUGUAUGGGGGACGUUAUGCGCCCCUGGGAAUUUCAUAUAGGCCCUACAGAACGUCUGGACCUAGUUGCAUUCGAAACGUGCUUGGCGAGCUAGAAAAACUUGACCGCGAUCGGCCGCUUGUUGUUUUGCAGAGUAGUAGGCCAUUUUUCCAUCGCUUGGGCACGUUUCAUUUUAUUCCAACUCGCCGCGUGGCAGAAGAUUUUGACAAAAAUUGGAUUUCUGUUUGGAGAGCCAUUGUCAACUGUAAAUGGCCAAAGUUGAGCCGGGAAGAGCAGGACUUGAAAAUCGAGCACGUGAAAAAGGAGCUGACGUUGGCGGAAAAUGAGCGGUUUUCAAUUUCCGAUGGUGUUCUUGGCCGGAUAAGAUCUCGCUUUGGAGUCAACAUUAUGCUUUAUACUGGCAAUGUUGUCAACGAUAAUGUGCGCGAUCGUCGUUGUUAUUAUGGCGCCAUGCCGCUCAAAAGUCACAAGCAGCUGCAUCUGCUCGUCGCUGGGCACACAAGUGACACUUUUUUGGACCAAUUUGAAAAAUUUGCCAACGUGAGCUACAAGCGCCUUAAAGCCGAGCCCUGGAGAAACCCUGGCCUUGCUGCUCACCCCAACUGGCGAAAAAGUCGACUCGAAAAGUAUCCUGACAGUUUGAGAGAAUUGGCUGGUUUUGCUGGGACUUAUAUCGCCACUGCUGGAACUGGCGGUGCCGCCGCUGGUGCCGCUGCCAUGCAAGACGAAGACGACUACAACUGUGCCGACUAUGGCGACCUUACCGACGUCGACGAGCGGUGCGACUCUGACGGUGACGACGACGUUGACCUUUUUCCCGAGUACGACAGCGAUGCCACCGAUAUUGAAAACGACGACGACGAGCCGAUACGAAAUUUGGGUGGACUUGUGCCCAAUGUAUUUGACGAAAAUACCCGCGUGCGAGUGCUUCAAAGUUCCGAAGUGAAAGAUAUGCCGCGCUGCCCCACCCAAAACUGUCCGUAUACAAACGAUCGCCCCGCUCGAAUGAAAGAUCACAUCAAAAAGUGCACUCUAGAGCAGAGGCGAAUUAUCACGCAAACGGUGCGCGGCCGCCACGUGACCGACUUUAUAAAAGAAAUUGUCAAAGAUGGUUAUUUGCCACACGAGCAAUUUGUCCAAACUUUUUACAUAACCUACGACAUAGAAUCGGUCAUGUCGAGCGACUCGCUUGGCCGAAUUGCGUCAAUCUAUGGCUACGAAAACACCAACGACUACGGCAAGAGCGAGGGCAAUGGCGACGAUGACGACGGCGAGGACAAUGGCGGCGGCGAGGAAAUGCAAGUCGACAACAAUUGUGUUUCAAUCAAUGGAUCAAUGCAAGCACUGCCGCCGCAUUUGCGACGCCCAAAAAAGUCAAAAAGGGCAAAAACCCCAAAAAAGGAGCCGCUUCUCUCUAAUCACAAAUUCCACAAUGUAGUCUCAAUUGCUUGCAUGACUAGCGAUGGAGAAAAGGAAUGGUUUUUGAGAAAAGAUCUCAACUACGAAAGUGGCAUAAUUAUGGCGGCCAAGUUCGUCAAGUAUUUGUCCAAGCUGAGACAGCGCGCGGCCGAAAAAUUACCUCCAUGUCUUCAGCAAGGGAUCGACAUGUACUCUUACCAGCUGAGCAAAGAUGCCAAGGAUCAAUUUACGCCCGAGGAGCAAGGCGUCAUUCGCAAAAAGCUCAACUACCUCAAAGAAUUUUUCAAACUCAAGUGCUACGCCUGGAAUGGAGAAAGCUACGACUUGCGAAUAUUGAUGCCGCUGCUCACGUCGGUACUGUAUGAUUUUGUUGGAAGGAAAUCAAAUCAGCUCAAUAUAAUCAAACGUGACGGGGGCUACAUGAUGCUCGAGUGUGCGGGAAUAAGUUUUCGGGAUUUUAUGAACCACGUGGGGCCGAUUUCUCUUGAAAAAUUUGCUCGAUCGUUCAACUUGGAUCCUGCCGCCUUUUCCAAAGGCAUUUUCCCCUACGACUUGUUUACAGACAUGGAAACCAUGUAUCAGACAACUCAAUUGCCGCCCUAUCCAGCGUUUUCGUCUUCGCUCUACAUUCCGUGCAAAGAUCACGCGCUUGAAAUGAAUUCAAUUAUCAAGAGCAAGUUUGAAUCGGGCGAGUGGACGCAGCUCAACUUUUUCGAAAAACUCGACGAGUACCUUGGUCUCGAGCGACUGUACGAUUCUCCUGCGCUCAAAGAUUUGCCACCAGAUUGUCCUCCCACAAUGAUCCAGUACAUUUAUUCGCAUUUUGAAUGGAAGGGCGACUGCUACGAGUGCGAUGCUGAAAAUGAAGCGGUGAAAAAAAUGUUUCACAUUUCGCCCAAAGCCUACAAUGAAAGUCUUGGCCUCUGGGAUGAGAUUGCGAAAAGCGUCAAAAACAUGCACAUGGUGCAAUUCCUUGUCAACUACAAUUUAAACGACGUGCGAUUGCUGACCGCGGCGAUUGAUGCCUACUCGAAAAAGUGUCUCGAAGUUUUUGGACUUGGCGCACAUGGAGGACUCUCAAUUGCACAGCUUGCCCAAACUGCAGCAUUUAUGCACUAUGAUGAACAAUUGCCGCCAAUUAUUUCGCCGCCCAAAGAGGCAGAAAGCUUUUACAAUGAUUUGCGCGAAAAUCUUACAGGCGGCAUCUGUCAGUCUGUUCACCGAGCAGUUAAUCUCAAUGGGCCCAGUGACGAUCUUCCCAAAGAGCUGUGGCAAUCUACAAAUGGAGAAGCCUUUUGCGACUUUACAAUUUACGAUUUCAAUGCUUUGUAUGGACACAUGGCUCGUCAACCGCUUCCAAUUGGCGCCGGAAUGCUGUACAAGCGACAGACGAGCAAUUUCAACAAUUUUAGAGCGACUCCACUUUAUCGCAAAAAGGAAAAUCCCUCACUCGAGUCGAUCCGCUACCUCGAGUACUUGAACAAAAACUUUAUGGGCGAUCGCAUCAAACAUGCCUACAAUUUUGUCGAAAAAAAGAUUGGGCGAUAUUCGAUUGACGGCUUUGCUACACUUUCAAAGAUUUUCACCAACAGCGAUGGCGAGCACAUUGUUCAAAAGCUGCUUGUCGAGUACAAUGGCUGCCAUUUUCAUCCGUGUCCGCUUCUUUCCUGCAAAAAAGUGCUCUAUAAAUCCGCUAGAACACGUCGAGUUUCUGUCAAUGGCAAAUUUGUCAACAAGGUUCUUUCGACGCCCGAAAUUGUCCAACUAGAAAUUGAGCGCAUCCAUUCGAUUGUCGACACAUUGCGCGAGCAAGACAAGAUGCAAGACUGGGGAAAGCCUACUCUAGACGGGCAACAUGUUCAAGGCCUCCAAGGCCCACAAAAUUUUCACCACGUGUUGCGCAUCAAGUACCACUGUGAAUGGGUCAAGGAAAAGUCGAUCAUUUUGAGAAAACGUCCCGAGAUGCUCUACAGUGCCGAUUAUCCGUUUUUGUUUGACGAAGUCGUUGGCGAAAAUGACGUUAGGGAAACCUUUGCUCGUCGCAUCGAGGGCAACAAGACGCAAUUCUUUGGCUUUAUUAUGGUUGAUUUGAAGGCGACGCAAGAAGUUUAUGAUCGCCAUCCCGAAAUUCCGCCCAUUUUUGCGCGAGUAAAACUCGAAGCUGGAGACUGCCAAGGACACAUUGACCGCAUCAUUCCCCCAGAUGUCAAGAAGCGAAUGUUUCCCAAGGAAGACAACAUCUUUUGCUACAACAAGGAAAACUACUUGUGCACAAGCGAUAUGCUGGCAUACUUGAUUGACCAAGGCUACGAGUAUGAAAUCAAGUACUUUGUCAACUACUAUCGAGGAGCGCCCUUUGCCAACUUUGUCAACAAAAUGGUCAAGGAGCGAAUCGAGUGCGAGAAAAAGGGCGACGAUGCCGGCUCAAACAUGUACAAGCUCUUUUUGAACUCGUUUGUUGGAAAAUUUGCGCAAGCAAAUCAUCGCUUUGUAAAUACAAAAAUUGUCGGUGCUGAUCGUCUCCGCGAGUGCUUUGAAAGCUCAAUGUUCAAAGCUUAUAAACCGAUUCGCGUCGAGGAUGUGGCAAUGGACCCGCUUCAUGAAGUUGUCAUGCGCAAGUCGACCGUUAUUGAGAAUUUGGCACUUCAUAUCCAAGUCGCCAUUUAUCAAAACUCGAAGCUGCAUUUAUUGCAGUUCAAGGACAUUAUCAAGGAUUUCAUGAUUCCUGGAACUGUAAAAUUUUGCUAUUGCGACACAGACUCGCUGGCCUAUGCUCGAACAAGAGCGACGCUAAAAGAAUGUGUCAAGCCACACUUGGUGAAAAUGUGGGAGGAAGCUGUCGAGCCACAAUGGUUUGCUGGAGAAUCGGUGGAAAGUCAAAAGGAGCCGGGGCUGCUGAAAGAAGAGGCAUCGAUCCAAUCGGGCUGGUUUCUAACACUUUCGCCCAAGUGUUAUGCAUUGUGCCCAAAAGAGCCCUGCGAGUUGGAGAAGCAAAUUGUCGACCCAAGAAAUGAGCAUCGAACGCUGGAGAUUUUGCACACUUUUGCGCAGCCCGUACGGGAGCCCAAAAUUACGAAAAAGUCGACCAAGGGAUGCAAGACAAAGAUUCAGCUUUCAAUGAGAGGUUUUCGCGAGCGUCUAAGUGAAACGGUCGAGUACAUUCGGCGCCAAAGAAGUCGGUAUCGGCGCUCUGUUCCGUUGAGGCCUCCACGCAAUCCAGUAGAUGCAGACGAGAAAAAUGAUUACGAGUUGUCGCCAGAAGAGCUCGAUUGGUAUUAUCCCGCCUCGAGAAACAUUAUCAACUGGCAAAGCGAAAGCGACAAUCUUGGCGAGGGAACCAAGGCGGACAUCAAGUUUCUCAACGAGCUCAUUCCCAACAACAACAUGGAAAGCGCUUAUCCCGACCCCGAAGAAUAUUUUGAGCCGAUUGAAGAGGAGUGCCUGUAUGCGCUAGAUUCUCCGCUACAAUAUGCGCCAAUUUACUUUAUACGAGAUCAUUGGGACCAUCACAAAAUGUCCUUUGCUGGGGAUCGCUGGAAACGCCAUUACGAACUGUGCAAUCGGUACAGCAUCACUUUGCUCAACACGUGGGAUAUUCAAGAAACGGUGAGAAAAAUUGCGCACAAUCUCAAUGGGCUGCUGCGCGUUCAAGUCGACGCCUUUUACACAACCAUAAGCUCUAGAAGAUUGCGCGAUCGACAGGGAAACUUGCACGAAAUGAGCCCCAAGGUGAGGAUUGUAUACCCCAACACCUGGGGCUCAGUAAACGACACCGAACUUCUUGUAACUCCCGCCGACAUUGAUCAACUUGUGCACGAACUUGAACCCGACGCCUUCAAAAACAAACUCUUGAUCAACACAUUUCAGCGGCGCAACGUGUUUCAAGACUCGAAUGUGCGCCUUCAUCGCCUGCUCGCUUACCAAGUUGUCGUUUACACGUUUCCGCCCUCGUGGAUACAUUCCUAG